ACCUACACUUUUAGUGCGCUCCUUCGGCUCUUGUCGGUUGUCGGCUCAACAAUAAUGGUACAAGUCGCACAGCAAAUACAACAUUUCUUUGCAACGUGAAGUGUUUAACAUGAGUACACAUUGCAAAAUUGAAUCCACGCAUAACCGGUUUUUGCCAUCGUCUUACGGGCUUGUUGAUUUAUUUUUUUAAUUUUUUUUUUUUUUUUUUUUUUUUCAUCCACGAUAACUAUAUAAUCUUUGUAUUAUUCCAUCCACUAGUCAGUACGAAAAAAGUAUUUCUCGCUUAUCAGUAGGUUUAAAAGGCUUAUCUCAUGGUUUUCGUUAUAUAAGUAAUACCAUAUAUAUUAGAACGUUCGAACAUUUUUUUUUUUUUUUUUCCCAUUUUAUCUUCGAACUGCACCGAAACAAUUUUUGCGCUAAGAGGAAAAAUUCGAGGAAACUUGUGACAGUUGUUAGUUGAGUCGCGAAAAUGAUUGACGAUCCCAAUGUUUUGCGUGGACCGAAUUACCUGUUCGAAUUUGGCGAGGACAUCACUAUGGGAAAACUAAUACACGAUCAAUUGAUAUCUCACUCUAAUAAAGUAGCUCAGAUCCAACAAGAAACUGGCGAAGAAGUUACAUUUGAACAGAUUUACGACAAAAGUUGCAAGUUGGCUGUUCAUUUGAAGAGAAAUGGGGUCAAGAUAAACGACAGGAUAGCCAUUUGCAGUGAAAACAACCUGGGUUGGUCUGUUCCAGUCUGUGCCAGCCUUUUUGUGGGUGCAUCUAUUUGUCCAUUGAAUCAUUCGUACUCCAAGCGAGAGUCCGUCCACACUUUAAAUAUUUCAAAGCCAAAGUAUAUUUUUGUGUCGCCAAAAACACUGAGUUCUAUGAAGAACGUAGUCAAAGAUCUUUCGUGGUCUCCAACUUUAGUACUUACUCUUAAUCAGCCCAACGAAGCUAAUGUACCUUCUGUAGACAAUCUGAUAGCUAAUGUAACACCGGUUAUGCUGAAUAAUUUCGAAGUUACUAAAGUUGAUAUUCAUGAACACAUUGUUUCUAUAUUGUGUUCAAGUGGAACAACCGGACUCCCCAAGGGAGUGAUGCACAGUGAUAAUAAUUACCUAAAGUCAAUACAAGCCAUGUUGGAUGGAUCCACAAAUUUGGCAUCUGAGAAUCAAGUCAUGAUAUUUUUAUUACCAAUGUUUCAUUCUUAUUGUUUUAAUCUUGUUUUAAUGACGCUUAUUUCUGGAACUAAAGCCAUUAUAUUUUCUAGUUUUCAAGAAAAGGCGUUUCUAGAAACUAUAGAAAAAUAUAAAAUUGAGGUAAUGCCACUGGUACCGCCACUAAUGUUAUUUUUAGCUAAACACCCUAUGGUGGACAAAUAUGAUUUAUCAUCUCUGAAAACUAUUUGGUGUGGAGCUGCUCCUCUUUCGAGUGAGAUAGAACAGGCAGUUAAAAAAAGAUUAAAUAAUCCAGACAUCAAACAAGGUUAUGGGAUGACUGAACUAACUUUUAGUGUCUUGAAAAAUCCCCUGUAUGAUUACAAGCCUGGUAGUGUUGGAAAAUUAAUAGCUGGUUGCUUAGGUAAAGUUGUACAAGUUGAUGAAAAUGAAAGCACUUCUACGAAAACUUUGGGUCCUUUCUGUCAAGGUGAACUAUGUUUCAAAGGAGACGUGGUAAUGAAAGGAUAUUGUGAUGACCCGACAUCAACAUCAGCAACAAUUGAUAAAGAUGGCUGGCUACACACUGGUGAUAUUGGAUACUACGACAAUGAUGGCUUUUUCUUCAUAGUCGAUAGAUUAAAAGAGCUUAUUAAAUAUAAAGGCUUUCAAGUUCCUCCAGCUGAGUUGGAAGCUAUUAUACUGACUCAUCCUGCGGUGAAAGAUGUUGCCGUUGUAGGCUUACCAGAUGAGGUGGCUGGCGAAUUACCACUUGCAUUUGUUGUCAAACAACCUAAUGCCGAAAUUACUGCAGAAAAUAUUCUUAAUUAUGUUAAUGAGCGAGUAUCAAACCAAAAAAAACUUCGAGGAGGUGUUCGAUUUAUAGAAAACAUUCCAAAGAACCCAUCUGGGAAAAUACUUCGUCGCGAGUUAAGAAAUUUAUUGAAGUCCAAGCUUUAAAUCAUAUUUAUUUAUAUUAGGU